AUGUUUUUUAAAGAAAAAUUUCUCUCCGCAUCCGCGUUGAUAGUCAGCCUCUUGGUGGUUGACGUUGUAGCAACAUUUGAUAUAACAUUGAAUAGUAACGUUCAAUGGACAGCUGGAACCUUCCAGUGGCCAUGUCCAACCACGAAGAACAUGUUCAAAAGCAGUGGACGAUACAUUCCUAAGAAUGUGAUAGCUACCAGAGCUGCCAUUUUCAACGACGACGCUAUUGUAGCUUUACCCAGGUACAAGCCAGGAGUGCCAGCAACCUUGGCGAAAAUCCAAAAGGAUGAAGCAAGUUGUGAAGCAACACUGGUACCAUACCCUUGCUGGUCUCUUCAGGAAGAAGGAACGUGCACCGCUUUGCAGAACGUCGUUGAUUUGUAUUUGGAUCCUAGGAAUAUUCUCUGGGUGUUGGAUACGGGGGUGGUGAACACUUUGGACCAACCUCUACGCAAUUGUCCACCCAAGGUGCUCGCUAUCAAUGUCAGCACUGGCAAGCUGGUUAAGACGGUAGAACUCACCGGUCUGACCACGUCCACAUCUCGAUUGCAAUACGUGGUAGCGGACUACAGCCCAGACGGCAGGGUCUUCAUCUACGUAUCCGACGCCGCGUCAAGGGCGAUCCUCGUGUACGAUGUUACUUCCGGUCGUGGUUACCGCGUCGUUUUACCCCAAGCCGUCACUAUAGGCUGCACCAGAAGGGACGUCUUGUACCUGGCACUUCUUCGACGCUCAGACGGAAGUACUUGCUUAGUGUUCACCUACCUAAGCAGCAGUCGUAUGUUCUCAGUGAGAACGGAACAUCUUCGAAACGGUUCGGCAAACGGAAGAAUCCACGAUCUUGGACAAAAAGCAAAGAAGAUGAUCUUCUUAGGCACGGACAAUGGCAGCGCUCUUUUCUUCCGGUACGAAGGUGAGCCGGACAUCUACAGAUGGGACGCGACUGCCCAAUUCAAUCCGCAAUGUUUCCAAUUGGUUUAUACCAGUAACGAAUGUUUCCUGGCUACUCACGUGGUGGCUGAUUAUAAGAGAGGAAGGAUGAGGGUUCUGGAGUCGAAUUUCCCUGAUUACAUGCAGGACACCGUGGGAUGCGGUGCCAAUCAAGCCCUUAAUCUCAUGUAAUUAAGUGAACGUUCUUUUUAGUGUAUUCUUGAUGAAUUAAUUGACUUUUGAGCAUACCAAUGUAUAGACUUUCUUAU